AUGGCCCGCAUCAUUGACCUGGUGCCCUGGGAGGACGGCUCCACCAACAUGUGCGCAUCCCCAGCCAUCCUGCUCCCGGUGGAGCAGCAGCGCAACCAGUUGGCGGGUGUGAAGCAGCAGCUCUACCACCCAGCCCUGCCCAGCCUCCGCCGCAUGGACAUGGACUCCGUCAGGGCCUGCCUUUCCCAUGAGCACUGCCAAUCCUCCACCUACUGCUGCAAAGAUGACUUUGACAAUGCCUACUUCACCCUCCUUGGCGUCCCCAACAAACCCCUACAGUGCUUGGACAUCACGGCGACCGGCCAGAGGCUCCGCAACAGGUGCCGCGAGGGAAAACUGGCGCCCCUCGUUCCGGGCAUCAACCGGGUCGACUGGCCCUGCUUUACGCGCGCCAUCGAGGACUGGUCCCACUUCGUGUCCUCAGCCGGCGAGUUCAAGCUGCCCUGCCCAAGCAAGAGGGUGGAGGGUUUCAGCGGCUACGCGGUGCGGUACUUGAAGCCGGAGUUGACCCAGAACUGGCGGAUCUCUUGCAAAGACCUUGGGUGGGGAGUGGGCGGGAGGGUCUGUGUCCCCUCAGCUCACGGAUUUCCCCAUCCCUCUGACCCGCCCCAGUACUGUCUCCCUCAGAACCCCAGCCUGGACCGCUAUGGACAGAAGCCCCUGCCCUUCGAUUCCCUGAACGCAUUCCGACGCUUCGGCUCGCACUACAGUCGUGUCAACUACCAGACCCCCUGGCAUUAA